AUGGAGAAAGGGAAGAAGAAAAAGAAGUGGUGGAGGUUGUCUUCUUUGUUUGGAGCUGUGAAGAAACAUCUGAAGCGCAGCUCGAACCCAGUUCAGGGUGAAGUAGAGCUGCAGCAAGAGCAAGAGCAGAGUGAGGGAGUGAAGAACCAGAACCAGUGUAAAGACAGAUGCAGUGAUGACUACACUGUCAGACACAACCUCGUGAGCGAUCAGCUGUGUGAAGGUGGAUUUGACGCUGAGGCGACACGUUUGAAGGAUGACCCUGAACUUGGAUCUCCACAACGUCUUCCAGAAGAGAAGGACCUCAACAUCCUGAGCACUGCUGAUGCUGCUGAGGGAAACGACCAGGAGAGGAAGGUGAUGGAGAAAGAGAAGAAGAAAAAGAAGUGGAACCAGAAAGAACAGAAAGCCAGAUGCAGUGAUGACUUCAUUUCCAGCCACUACCAGCUGGGUGAUCUGCUGGGUGAAGGUGGAUUUGGUUCUGUGUAUGAGGCGAGACGUUUGGAGGAUGACCUUAAAGUGGCGGUCAAAUAUGUUAAUAAGACCGAAACCUACAGGCCAAGUUUAUACAUUCCUGGAUAUCAGCAACAUGUUCCACUGGAGAUCGCUCUCACAAUCCUGGCUAAUAAAGGCCCCAGAGUGCCAGAGAUCAUCCAGCUGCUGGACUGGAAGGACUACAGUGACCAUUUCGUCAUGAUCCUUGAAUGUCCCUCUCCUUGCGAGACUUUGGAAGACUUUGUGGGGCGUCAGGGUGGACGUCUCAACGAGAGCUUAGCACGGCGAGUCAUGAUGCAGGUGACUAAAGCUGCGAACGUGUGCUGCCAGCGCCAAGUGUUCCACCGUGACAUCAAACUGAGCAACCUUCUCAUCAACAACCAGACACUUGAAGUCAAACUAAUUGACUUUGGGUGUGGGGACAUUCUGAGGACAACUGUCUACAUGUCAUACUCUGGCACAGCAACAUACGUCCCUCCUGAGUUUCACAUAAAGGGAAAGUACCACGGCAAGCCUGCGACGGUUUGGUCACUGGGGGUUCUGUUAUUUAAAAUAGUGGCCGGAUAUUAUCCAGGUUUCUUAGAUCUGCACAUGCUCAAACUGCAUCUCUGGUCCACAACUGGUCUGUCAAACGAAUGCUGCAGAUUGCUCCGCGCUCUCCUGCAAAUAAAGCCAAAGAACCGAAUUCAGCUGGAGGAAAUCCUUUCCCACAAGUGGUUUACGGUACUAAACGCCACCACAUAAGACCACCUGAGAAGUUGUUGUAUCUUCAGCUCUCCAAUGGUUCCUGCAAUAGUUGCAGCAGUAUCAGAGGCCCAGUCUACAACGUCUGUCCCCUGCAGUCCAAAACAUCCCAGAAAAGCUGUUUUAAACUAGAAUAUAUAUUAAGUUAAAAUGUUAUUGUCACCUUAACGUUUUAAUUGAUUAACGGCAACAAUUAUUUUAUCGCGCGUUAACAGUUGUUUGUUAAUAUGAAAGUCCAUCGCUCACUGGCUCUGAAUACACAUACAGUCAAAGCAUGGGUCACAGGAGGAGUGGGAUGUUGAUCAGUACUGACUUGGGAUGGGUGUCAUCACGUGUCUCAACCAAUGAGAGCAUUUGUGGUGGGCCUAAGACUGCAGCAGCCCACAUGAAGUGCUCGGGACUUCAUAAGUGGGAAACCCAAAGUUUCUGUUAACACGUAAAGGUAGCAGUCUCGCUCAACACAGUGGAGUGCAUCGAUUUGU